GGAAUUAAAAAACGAUAAAUGACAAAGUUCGUGGACAUAAUCGCGAGGAAAGAGCGCGUGCGUCAGCGGCGUAAACUCACGCGCUAUUUUCCGUUCACACUCGAUGUUUGUGCUGACCUGGGUUUCAUUUUUUAAAGCUGUUCGAGUUCCUUACAUGUGUUUUUGUGAAUGAACGGAGAUUUGAUCUGUCAGUGGCUGCACCUCAUCGUAUUAUCGUCAAAAUUAUUUGAAUGACACGAUCGUGAAAAUGUCGUGGAUAAAAGAAGGUGAAUUAAACCUCAUUGAGAAAAUUUCAGCCAAUGUCUUAAAGGCUGGACCCAUGCCCAAACACGUGGCCUUCAUCAUGGACGGUAACCGUCGCUUUGCACGUAGAAACAACAUUGAGCGGCAGGAAGGUCACACGCAGGGUUUCAACAAGCUGGCCGAGACACUACGCUGGUGUAAGCAUCUCAGCAUCCCUGAGGUGACGGUGUACGCCUUCAGCAUCGAGAACUUUAAGCGAACCAAAGACGAGGUGGACGGGCUGAUGGAGCUGGCCAGGCUGAAGUUUGAGAGGCUGCUGGAGGAGCGAGAUAAUCUGGAGAAGCACGGUGUGUGUAUCCGGGUGCUGGGUGACCUAAAUAUGCUGCCGCAUGACCUUCAGCAGCUGAUUGCCAAAGCUGUGAUCACAACCAAGUCUCACAAUAAGUGUUUCCUGAACGUGUGCUUCGCCUACACGUCGAGGUAUGAAAUCACAAACGCGGUGAGGGAAAUGGCGUGGGGCGUGGAACAAGGCUUGAUCAAAUCCAGCGACGUGUCAGAGCCGCUGCUCAGCGAGUGUCUGUACAGCAACAACUCUCCUAAUCCUGAUCUCCUCAUCCGCACGUCUGGAGAGGUGCGACUCAGCGACUUUCUUCUCUGGCAGACGUCCCACUCCUGUCUGGUGUUUCAGUCGGUGCUGUGGCCCGACUAUUCCUUCUGGAAUCUGUGUGAAGCCAUUCUUCAGUAUCAACUCAGUCAUAAAUCCAUUCAGAAAGCCAGAGAUCUGCAUCGAGAGCACCAGGCUUCACUGCAGUUGGAGGCGGACCGUGUCUGUGUAGCAGAACACCUGCAGCAUCACGGGAACGGGAAACCUGCGGACGUGCAGAGGAGACAGGAGGAGCUGCAGCACUACACCACCUGCCGCCAAGAGCGAGUGCAGGAUUUCCUUAAAGCACUGAAGCACAAGAGAGACUCUUACUUCACCGACCUGUGCAGUGACGGCGUCCAGGCUUAAGACGAGUGAGAACAACCUCACUCACUCACUCUCCUGACACAAGGGCUUCUGUGGAGAAGAGAGAGACGUGGACACUUCACUUUCUGCUGCCUAUUUGUCAAAUAUGAAGAUGGUGAUUUUUUUACCCCCAUGGGGCUUUAGAAGAGUUGAUAUUUAUGAUUGUUGAUUUAAAAAAAAAUUAAAUCAUGAGUCUAAUUUGCAGAAUCUACUGGUGGAGAUGUAGGUAAAUAAAUAAAUAAAUGUGUGAGCUGUGUGUCAAAUGCAUGCCGUUGACUGUAAAAAUCAUGACAGUUCAUGACGGUCGUGUUUUGUAAGGAAAUGUUAUUAAACCUGUCGUGACGAGUGAAAAAAAUGAUUUUAAAAACACUCAUGCAGUCAAAAAUAAAAGCACUUUCCUCCAUUUUUGGAAGGCAUUAAAGGUCCAGUGUGUACAUUUUAGUAUAAA